GCGCGCGGUCCAUGUACCAAUGGCUGCUCGCGGUCCUCCGCGCCCUCCGCGACGCCGCCCGCCAGGCCCCGGCCCCGGCCCCGGCCCUCACCCUCAGCCCGGAGCCGCGCCCGGAGCCGCCACCCCGAAAGAAACCGGCCCCCAGUGUUCUGUCACCUGUGGAAGAUCCUGAGGAGAUCCCUGCAAAGAGGCCGAAAACAGAAUGUGUCUCUGGGGCUAACAAGGAGCCUGAAGAGGUUUCUGUGGCUGCCAAGUUGUCACCUAAGGCAACAAGUAGAAGCCAGGAGACUAAAGAGAAAGAUGACUUCUUCUCUGAGUCUGAAGAUGAGGUUGUGUACAUUUCUUCUGACUCUUCACUUGUAGCAUCUGCAGAGGAUGAGGACACAGCAGAACCUGACGAAAUGCCUUGUGACACCAACCCGUGCUUGACUGAGGAAACACCAUCCUCUCUUUGUAAGAGAGUUCCAUAUCUGAGCCUGAGCAGGAAUAACCACAUCCGAGCUGCUCCGGAGAGCCCUGUCACACCCAGGCCCCCCAUUAAGGAGCCAGGUCCCAACUCUCCAGGAGUCAGUGGCACCAGGAGGCCUUUGUGUGCUGCUGAAGAGGAUGUUCAGCAAGCAGAAAAUAAGAAAUACAAAGAGCUCUUGAGUCUGUUCAAAGAAAAAUAUUCUGGAAGACUUACUUCUCCACGGUCAGCAAGACUUAACAAAGUUCAAACCAAGGAACCAGGGAUGACUGGGAGUCCCCUGAAAGAACAAAAACCCAGAGGUGCCUCUCCACCUGUGCCAGAAAGAACCAGUGUCAAACAUGGGGAUGUUUUCAGCCCCCAGCUGCCUCAGAGAGGUGUCAUGAUCAGCUAUUACACACCACCAGAAGACUCUCGUGGACAGGGAAAACGAGAGAAACGAGCUGCUUCAGUGGGCCAGCGUGAAGCUGAAGUCCCCCAAAGAAAGUUAUUCCAGUUCCAUGUGACACCUGUCCUGUCCAAAGACCUCUUUUUUGUGGACAGUGAGCCACUGCCAUGCCUAGAAAAGCCAGGAGAUGAUCUGGCUCCACUGACAGAGGCCAUGGAGAGUGAGGUCUCUGCUGCCUUUGACAGUGGUGAGCCUGAGGACAUCCUGAGCAGGGCUUUCAAGCUCACUGUGACCCGUGAGGACAUCUGCACCCUGCAGCCCCUGGGCUGGCUCAACGACAGGAUCAUGAAUUUCUACAUGGGUCUUCUGGUGGAAAGAAGCAAGAAGGAAGGAUAUCCAGCAGUCUAUGCUUUUAAUACCUUCUUUUAUUCCAAGCUAAGCUCUACAAGCCACAAGGGAGUGAAGAAAUGGACCAAAGGUGUGGAUAUCUUUGAGCACGAUGUCAUCUUGGUGCCUAUUCACCUCAGAAUUCACUGGACACUGCUGGUCGUAGACCUCCGAGAGAAAACCAUCAAAUACUUUGACUCCUUGGGACAGAAAGGAGACCACAUUUGUAGAACUGUCUUAAAAUACCUGGAAGAGGAAAGCAGGGAAAAAAGAAACAUUGAAUUGACUGCUUCUGAGUGGACCCUUCACAGCAUGGGCACAGAGGAAAUCCCUCAACAAAAUAAUGGAAGUGACUGUGGAGUUUUUGUUUGCAAAUUUGCCGAUUUCAUCUCCAGAGACAAACCCAUCAUCUUCACCCCGGAACACAUGCCUUAUUUCCGCAGGAAGAUGGUGUGGGAAAUAAUCCAUCAGCAGCUGCUGGGUGACAUGCACUGUUAGGAAAACACUGUUCUGUAAAAGAGUAGUAUUUAUUUCUUAUUGUUUAGGUAAGAUAAGAUAAAUAUUAACUUAUGUAAGAGCCUUAUUGUAUGGGAAGGUUACUUGUUAAUAGAGUAAUUUAUUUUUUAAUUGAAAACUGAUCUGCUGUCUCUGUGUGGUUUCUAACUUGCUCCUCAUCUCAAGAAGAACAGGGGCUGUCUCCUCCCCUGGUGGCUCUGGGGACAUCCCUGUGCUGCUCUGCCCCAAAGACCCACAAGAUCCAUGCAGAGGGGCUUUGUCUGUCUUGGCUUUCACUGACUGGUUCAAUCUGCCACAACUUCGGGGCAGAUUCUCCAAAGGAUGAACAAUUCCAAAGACACUCGUGUUUUAUCCUUGCAAAUAAUUAAUCAGGGGUAAUUAAUCUUCCCUGAGGAUGCAGAAGAUCUGAGCAUGAGGAUGCAGCAGCUGGGAAUGUUUGAGGUGUCCUUUCCUCCUUCCCUUUGGUUCCUCGUGUUUGGGGCUGCAGUUUUGACUGUCCCAGGUGCCACCAGAGGAGCAUUCCCAGUGCUGGAGGGGUGGGAGAGAAGAGCCUGGCUCUGGGACUCAUGAAGGAGCAUUCCCUCGUUGUGGCACCUAUCAGCAUCCCAGGCAGCCCCAUUUAGUGCCUUUCCCCACUGGAUGUUCAUCCAGGGAUCUGCAGAGAGGGAGAGGUGGUGUUGUGAUGGCAACACUUCCCAGGUCCCAGGGUAAAACUACACCUGGCAAUGCCUACAACCCCCAUCCAGCCCUUCCCUCCCUGGCAGCAGGGAAUUGGGCACCAGGGAGGAACUCCCAGCCAUGACCACCGCAAGGCACCCCAAAGAAAGAAAAGAGAGCAGGCUCAGGCUCUGGUUAGCUGGAUAUAUUUCUCUUUUUUGUUGGUGUCUCAGGUUGGUUUUCACAGAACACUUUGCAGUAGAGGAAAACACGGAUUCGCAGCCCACGGGAGCGGCGCUGGCACCGGCACCUCCGCUCCCAUCCCUGCUCUGCCCGUCGGCUUUCACCGCUUCCAUCCAUCACUUGCAUUUGCUUAAACCUUUUUUUUUAUUGUGUUUGACUUUUUUAUUUUUCCCUUUUUUUUUUUUUUUUUGUUCUUUUUAACCAUUUCUCAAGCUUUCUCCGAAGGAACAGCCACUGGCUCUCGGCUUGCAGGAGACUACGGAAGAGCUCUGGGACACGGGGGAUGGUUUCCUUCUUCCACCUCGCAGCUGACUUGGUCGAGAUCAUUUUUCCAACUCGGUUUUUUUUUAUUACAAAAAUAAAAAAAUGCUCCAACUAUCAGUUUUACAAGGCAUACAAAAAUCUCUAAAAGGGCAACACAAGCGCAAGGUGCUGAGGUACGAAAACCUGAGGUAGUUUUUCUCUGUGUGUGUGUGUGUGUUUUGGGAGGGUUAUUUGGGUUAUUUUUCAUUUGAAGCCAAUUUUGCUGGUUGGGUUUUCCAGCCCUGGGCUGACAACCUCUUGUAAAUCUUAUUUUUUUCACCCAUUUCCCCCUCUUCUCCCUACAACAGGGAUCUUUUCCCCAAAGAUCCCAGUCCAAAGCGGGCAGGGCUGGUGCUGCCCAUCAUUUUCUAGGGAUGUCAGUGCUGGGCAGUGAUGGAGAGAGGACAGACAGACAGAAAGGGGGGACAGAACGGAUGCAAACCCCACUUUUCGAGUCCAAAGCAAAGAGGAAAAGGUGUGUGAAGGAGAGGAACAAUUCCUACACGAGGAAUCCUCUUGGCUCCUACAGGCCCUGCUCUUCUCAAAGCCCUUCAGAAAUUGCUUUUUAACACUUAGUACGUAUUUUUUUCCCUGCUGGCGAUCCUAUAGCUCUGCUCUACGGUGCAUUAGAGAACCAAUGAACCAGCUCCUGCCAUUAAACCUCUAGAAAAGCCUGCUUUUGCUAAAAACAAACAGCCCCCCCUCCCCCAAAAGUUUUUAAAAAGUGAGUUAAAAAAUAAAAUCUU